ACCGAUCUCAAGCCAGAUGUGGGGCAAUGAAUACCCAGAGAAAGAGAGAUAAAGGUGAUGGUUAGGGUUUAGCAAUGCUUUGAGAGAGAGGGGACUUAGAAGGGCUUGGAAGGAGAACAGCAGAAUGCUCGGGAUUUCUCCAGCUUCUUCUACUCUGAUCACUCCAUCGGCCACUAUUCUUUGCGUUUGGGCAGCUACCAGAAAAGAACCAUUUGCGAUUGUCAUAAGUUGUGUAGCUCGUGAGAAUGUUUGAACACAGCCUACAAAUGCCUUAUGGUAUCAUGACUUCGGUUAUACUGGAGGAAGACUUGGAAAUGCAGCACAUCCACGUUUCAUCACCCCUCCGCUUAAAACUGUUAGGUCUGGUUUGGUUCAUGGGAAGAAUUUUUUCUUGCUGGAAUAUUUUUUCUAGAAUUCCUAGGAAUAUGAUGCCUGUGAAAAUGGUUAGGCAUACUUGGUUAGCUAUAAAAAAGUGGUACAUUUUAGAGUGUCUUAUAUUUGGUUGAGUAUUUACUUUUCUAGAAAAGUUAUGUGUAUCUAUUAUACCCUUAAGAAAGGUAAAGACUUUAUCCAUGGAUUUUAAUGGCGUAAGAAUAGUUUUGGAAAAUUUUUUUUCUAAUUUUCAACCGGUGGAAAAGUAGCUUUUACAUGUCUCUCAUGGAUUUUUUUUCAUAAAACAUGAGAAUCUUAUUCUCAUGAGAAUGCUACCUUUUCAUCUCUCUUUUUUGAAAACUCCAAUUAAAUAAGAAGUCUUUUUUCAUUUUUUCAUUGAUCACGGUUUUUCCCUUCUUUUCCAGCAAACCAAACGAGUCCUUAGAGAAAGUAUGGUCCAUGGAAAAACAAAAAAAGAUCUUUUGUUUAGUUAGAGUUUUCAAAGGAGAGAGAUGGAAUGUAGCAUUUCCAUGGUAAUAAGAUUUUUAUGUUUCAUGAAAAAGAAAAACUCAUGAGGGACAUGAAAAAACUAUUUUUCCACUGUUUGAAAAUUGAGAUUUUUUUUCCAGAACUACCCUUAAGUUAUCAAAAUUCAUGGAUAAGGCAUUUUUCUUUAUUAAGAGUAUAAUAAAUAUAUCACAUAACUUUUUUUCCUAGAAAGUAGAUGCUCGAUCAAACAUAAGUCACUCUAGAAUGUACCGCUUUUCUAUAGUCAACUAAACAUGCCAAAACUAUUUUCCCAAGCAUCAUUUUUCUAGAAAUUAGCUUUCUAGAAAAAUAUUUCGGUGAGAAAAAAUUCUCCCCACGAAACGAAUUCUUAGAUAUUUUCCUCUCUCUGAUGGCCUGAGAAUUGCUACAUUCCUUGUGGGCACUAUGCAGUGAGAUUUUUCUUUGCUCUUGUUAAAGAUCCUAAUCUUGAGAGGGAGCCUCUUUUCGAUAUAUCAGUCGAGGGAACCCAAAUUUGUUCUCUGAGAUCAGGUUGGAGCAAAAUGAUGACCAAUCAUUUGCUGAAGCUCUAGUUUUUGUUACGGAUACAUCCGUACUGGCUUGUUUUCAUACCACUGGUCAUGCAGAUCCAUCCAUCCUUUCGAUCGAAAUUCUUCAGGUUGAUGACAGAGCAUAUUAUUUUGGUCCAUCAUGGGAUAAAAAAACAGUACUUAGAACAGCUAAAAGAUUGACUUGUGGUUCGGGGAAGCCAGCAUUUGAUGAAGAUUAUAAUGGCAACCAUUGGGGUGGUGACAGAUUUUGGUUAGGAAUGUCAUCUUUUGCAGCAGGCUCCAAUCAAUCUAUAUCAACAGAAAAUAAAAUUGCCCAAGCAUCAAUUUCGCCGAACUUCUACUGAGAAAAGCUUUAUCAGUCAGCAGUUGUGAGCACUGAUAGGCGGCCUGAUUUAUCAUUUCGAAUGGAGGUGGAUCCAAACAAAAUAUAUUCAAUUUGGCUUCACUUUGCUGAAAUCGAUGCCAAAAUAAAAAGAAUUGGAGAGAGGGUCUUUGAUGUACUGGUAAAUGGUGUGUUGCAUUUAAAUAUAUUGACAUUAUUCUCAUGAUUGGGGAACGUUAUACAGCUCUUGUGCCGAACAAAACUGUUUCUGUGAAUGAAGGAGCCUAACAAUAACCUUGCACCCUGAAAAUGGACGUCACGUUAUCAUCAAUGCAAUUGAGGUCUUUGAGAUUGUCACAGCAGAGCAAAAGACUGUGGCAGAAGAAGGAAUUUGAAGGUCAUUGGUCGAUGUUUGGACUGGGAUUUGAAAUGGACUUGUUAUGCUGGUGCCAUCCUAAUAAUAGUGCAGACCAACCUACAAAUGAAGAUAAAAAUUUGUGCCAGGAACUUGCACAGGAAAUUCGUGAAAAGGAACCAUCUCAGAUAGGAGACCUCUUAUACAACCAACUAAAUUGCUCAAUUCCGGAAAGCCUUGGCCAGCUGACUUCAUUGCUGAUAUUAGUUCCAGCCAGUCUUGGAGGAAGACCUCUUCAUAGGGCUAGUUUCAACUUUACUGGUAAUGGAGGUCUAUGUGGAAUUCCUGGGUUACGAACAUGUGGGCCCUAUCCAUCUGUCUCUGCUAAGGUUGGCAUCGCAUUUGAGGCUUUGGUUGCAUUUUUACUGGUACUAGGCUGUUUAGCAUGCUGGUGGAAACGGAGGCAGAACAUCCUUGGAGCUCAGAAGAUUGCUGCUGCAAGGGAAGCACUAUAUGCUAAUAGGGCAAAGACUCGCCUAACACGGGAUGUGCAAACGAUCAAGCAUCAUCAUGCGCAUGAUCAGUCUCGAAAUCCUGCCGAGAGCGGGUCCCAUUUACUCAAUUGACUGGAUCACUUGUUUAUAUUGAUUUCUUCACUGUUUUUUUUUUUAAUUUUUCCCCUUUAUUGUGUUUACAGCUUGUCUUCAACCUGGGAGAUGUUUUCUCAUGGUACAGCUGUGCUAAAGCUGGUAUUCCUUUUCUCUUUUUUGAAAGUACCAAGUCAAUGUUGUAGUCUUGUAGACUUGAUGAAUAUGAGUUAUAACCUGCCUAGAUUAAGUUGAAGAAUCAUGAGGCAGAAUCUUGGCAAAGCAAAUUGUAAAUAAGACAUCCAUUUAUAUACUUUGUCUCUUUUCUCUGGCAGCUAUACUUGGAAACACUAUAAUAGCAAACUUUUCUCUAUGUUUA